GGUCGCCUGAACUGUUGAAUCUGCAUCCAUUCAAAUUGACUUUGGAGUAAACUCUAAUAAGGUUGCAGGAAUGACUAAAGAAAAAACGAAGUGGAAGGAGUUUUUAGAGGCAAUAAGUGUUUUCCAAUGGGUACUAAGCUUUCUCUUCUUAGGAGUGGCUUGUUACAUCCUGAUCGUGUAUCUAAUGUUUACCUCGUGGUGGCUGCUCUCCACUCUGUACUUCAUAUGGCUGGUGAUGGACUGGCAAACUCCUGAAAGAGGGGGCAGGAGAACAUCAGCUGUGAGGAAGUGGAGGGUAUGGGAGCACUUUAGAGACUUUUUCCCGAUCAAAUUGGUGAAGACAGCUGAGUUGAACCCAAACAAAAACUACAUCUUAGGCUGUCAUCCACAUGGUAUCAUGUGCACUGGAGCCUUUACCUGCUUCUGCACAGACAGCUGUGGCUUCGCUGAGGCAUUUCCUGGGGUGCGACCCUCCCUGGCGAUACUGGCCGGACUCUUCAGGAUACCACUCUUAAGGGAGUACAUAAUGAGUGCAGGCAUUUGUCCAGUCAGCAAACCAAGCCUUGUCCACCUUCUUUCAAAAUGUGGCAAGGGAAAUGCAGUGGUGAUUGUGAUAGGGGGCGCUGCUGAGUCUCUGGCGUCUUCUCCUGGAGUUAACACAGUGGUUGUGGAGCAGAGAAAGGGAUUCGUCAAGGUGGCGCUCGAGUUUGGGGCUGAUUUGGUGCCUGUUUACUCAUUCGGGGAGAAUGAGAUCUUUAAGCAGGUGAUUUUCUCAGAGGGCAGUCUAUGUCGCAGGUUACAGGACCUUUUUAAAAACAUUAUCGGUUUCGCCCCGUGUCUAUUUGUUGGUGAGUGCUUGGCAUUCCUGCCCUACAGGACUCCAGUUACCACCAUUGUGGGAAGUCCCAUCUCAGUCCCAAAGCGUGUCACACCUACUGAGGAGGAGGUCGACCACUAUCACAGACUUUACAUGGAGGCCCUGUCCAAGUUAUUCCAUGAACACAAGGUCAGCUGUGGACUUUCUGAGAGUCACAAGCUUCGGAUUAUUUAGACAUUUCACUGCCACAUGAACUUUGUAGCAGUGUUUUUAUUUGCAGCAUUUGAUGGGGCUCAUCUUAAAUGGGACUUACAGUGUGGAUCUGAUGAGAUGAACCUGAUCUUCAACAACAGACGGACUUUGCAGGUCUCUGUGUUCACACUGUAAGUUCUUUCUGUAUUUGAAAAUAUUUAACAUGAAUAUGUGCCUUAAAUAAUUAUUAAGAUGUGACGACCAUUGUGUGAGAAUGCUGUGUUCACAAAGCAGUGAAAAAACUGACAGUGUCUUGGAAUACUAUAUUUGACAUGAUGUGAAA